UACACUCGGUUACAGUAGUGCGCGUCCAGGUCAGUAGUGUCUGCAUCUGUUAGAGUGCUCGCAAGCACAUCAGCUGACGACUCUGCUGAGACACAAACAAAAUCGACACCACGAAGCAGCGGGCCUCUGCACAAAGCUAGUGCACUCAGUCUGGCGAGACCUCGAAUCGCACUGCGAGGCCAUUGAAAAGCCACACCACUAUGGACCCGCCCUUCAAGAAGUGGCUAUGCGAACAACACAACGCUCCUCCCAAGCUCCUCAAGAAGCUGGAAAAGGAAGACAUCACCAGCAAAACCACGCUCUCCGCCCUCACUGACACGGACCUCGGGACUCUUGAGAAGAAGCACAAGCUCCCCAUGGGUCACAUGGUGAUCCUCCGCUCCAGUAGAGACGAACUGUUGCAGGCUAGAGCUAACGGCGGCGGCGGCGAGAAAAUCAGGUCUCGGUCGAGGCACGAUGACAGUUUCGUCGUGUUGGAAGCUCCAGUUCAGAGAGAGGCGGUGCAGGGAACGGCCGCCACCCCGGCUCGGCCGGAGGAUCAGCAACGGCGGAGACCCACCGGUAACGAGAUACGGAGCAAGUACCAGCUUCCAGGCGGCGGAGGAGGCGGGCCGCGAGGAGGAAGGUACGCUCCGGCGGCCCCUCGUAACGGAGCUAGCGCCAUGCCCAGCGCCACUCCGUCGCCUCUGCCAGAUACGGCUCGCACGCCCACGCCUGCUGGAGGAGCGACAGGGGGAGGUUUACAGACUGCAGCUCAAAUGCGGGAGCUCCACCAGAAAGGAGUGGAGAGAGGAGAGAAAAUCCAGGUCCUGGAACAGAAAUCACGUGAGUUUCUCUCAAGAGAUUUCUUCUAUUAUAAUGCACGGCGCACCCCUCAGCUACACUCAAUGCAGUUGAGAUCAGUAGCCUUUAUGUAGUUUAUAACAUUAGAUGUAGUGAACAAAUCCAGUGUUUCUGCUGGCUUCCCCGUAAUCGGGUAUAUAUGUUUAGGGUCACACCAACAUCCCCCUCUUUAUAUUGAACUCAUCACUGGCAAGCAAGCAAUCAAGCAUUCCUGGUUAUCUUAUUGCUCAUUAUAGUAGCUGGCAUCUCUGUUAUUUGACAAACACGAGCAAACAUCAGUGAUUCAAUCUAUGACUCUCUUGCAUUUGCUCACCAAUAAUGUAUUGCAUUCUCUCCAGUAUAACCUGAUGCAAAUCAGGUUGGUCUUAAUAAUUUCUGGCUUUGUGCCAUAAUUAUUAUACUUUUUGUCAGCUACUAACCUACCUUACUUGUGUACUGGAAGUGUUGUAUAUAUGCUCUGGUCGAAUAACUGAAUUGGCGCUUCUCUAGUGAAUUGUAAGGUUAAUUAUCACGUUUCCUCUACAUUGGACCAGGGCCUGUAGUACUAGAUGAAUGCUUAGCAUUUUUUUGGUGAGCUUGAGCAAGCCAACAUUAAUGUAUAUAUAGGUAGCUCAGUGGGCUAAAUCACUCAUGUGUAGUGCAAAUGUAAUGAGAGCAAGAAUCCUCUGUGGUUGAUGGGGAGGACUUUUUUUGACAUAAUUAUUAUAGGCAUUGCGUAGACGGUAGUCCUAUAUAAAGAGAUGCACACUCUAUCAUGCUAGAUAAAGAACUCUGUAAGUCUGAGGACAAAUCUGCUCUAGCUAGCAUAGCUCAGCUCUUACGAUCAAUACCCUCAUGCAGUGAACUCUAUUGCACUAAUGUUUCCAAAGUUUAAAUUUACACAUCCAAGUAUAGCAACAAAGUACUAGUGUGU